UGUAUCCAGUCUAUUGGUUGUCCCAGGUGAACGCCCCGCUGGAACGACCAAUCGCCUUGCCAUGCCCCCUCCCCCGACCGCCCUAUUCGCCAUCUUAACACAGGGCAUUCCCGACAGCUGCAGGCACCAGUGAAGCGUCUAAGGGACCAUCUUGGUUGAGGGCGGAAGUGAGGACUGUGUCGCCCCAGAGGAACCCACAGAUUCUCCCCGACCCACGUGGAAGCGGCGCUCAAGAUGCUGCGCCGCGAGGCCCGCCUGCGCCGCGAGUACCUGUACCGCAAGGCCCGGGAGGAGGCGCAGCGCUCAGCCCAGGAGAGGAAGGAGCGGCUGAGGCACGCGCUCGAAGAAAACCACCUGAUUCCCACUGAGUUACGCCAAGAGGCUCUGGCCUUACAGGGCUCCCUGGAGUUUGAUGAUGCAGGAGGUGAAGGUGUGACCAGCCAUGUGGAUGAUGAAUACCGAUGGGCAGGAGUCGAGGAUCCCAAGGUUAUGAUCACUACCUCCCGAGACCCCAGUUCCCGCCUCAAGAUGUUUGCAAAGGAGCUGAAGCUGGUGUUCCCAGGCGCCCAGCGAAUGAACCGAGGUCGACAUGAAGUGGGGGCACUGGUGCGAGCCUGCAAAGCCAACGGCGUCACCGAUCUGCUGGUUGUUCAUGAGCAUCGGGGCACACCUGUGGGGCUCAUCGUCAGCCACCUGCCCUUUGGCCCUACUGCCUACUUCACGCUGUGCAACGUGGUCAUGCGGCAUGACAUCCCAGACCUGGGCACCAUGUCGGAGGCCAAGCCCCACCUCAUCACACAUGGCUUCUCUUCCCGCCUGGGCAAGCGGGUCUCUGACAUCCUCCGAUACCUAUUUCCCAUGCCCAAAGAUGACAGCCACCGGGUCAUCACCUUCGCAAACCAGGACAACUACAUAUCAUUCCGGCACCACGUGUACAAGAAGAUAGACCACCGCAACGUGGAGCUCACUGAGGUCGGGCCCCGCUUUGAGCUGAAGCUGUACAUGAUCCGCCUGGGCAUGCUGGAGCAGGAGGCCACAGCAGACGUGGAGUGGCGCUGGCACCCUUACACCAAUACUGCACGCAAGAGGGUCUUCCUGAGCGCCGAGUGAGCCCACUCACCACUCAGUCAGGACGAGGACUUGGAACUCAGGAUGGGGCUGUCACAGACAGGCCUGCCAAGCUGGGAUGUGGAACUGUGGUCGGUGGAGAGGUCUGAAUAAACCGUCUGCGUCAUGGCCCCGCCUGCCUCUGAGUGGUCAGGCCAGGUCUGCAGGCCAAAGUCCACUGGGGUCCCUUUGGGUGGGGACCUGACGGCUGUGGGACGUGCUUGGGCCUGGAGUCAGUGUGGGGGUUAUCAUGGUCAGAUAUUUGAUGCUGACAUCUCCUCAAGAGUCAGGGUCCUGUGAGCUCUUCAGCAGGUAGAUGUGGGUAGCAGGGCCAGUCCGUGUCAUGGGCAGCCCACCAACUUAACUCACUGAGUGGGAGCCGCCAGCGCAGAGGCGACAGGCCAAACCCGGUGCUCAGCGGCUGAUUCCUCGUGUGAGUGGCAUCAUGUGGUGUUUGUCCUGUGUCUGGCUUAUUUCUAUUAACAUAAUGUCCUCCGGCUUCCUCCAUGUUAUUGCAAAUAAUAGGAUUUUUUUGUAAAAAACAUAUAUGCCAUAUUUUCUUACCGAUCCAUCCACCAACAGACACUUAGACAUUUUCAUAGUUUGGCAGUUGUGGAAAUGCUGCAGUAAUCAUGGGAGUAUAGCUAUCUUUUCAAGAUAAUGAUUUCAUCUCCUUUUUAUACGUAUACCCAGAAGUGGGAUUGCUGCAUCAAAUGCUGGUUAUUUUUAACUUUUUGAGGAACCUCCAUACUGCUUUCCAUAAAGGCUGUACUAAUUUCCAUUUCCACCAGCAGUUCACUAGGGUUCCCUUUUCUCCACAUCCUUGCCAACAUUUUUUAUCUUGUGUUUUUUAAUAACAGCCAUCCUAAUAGGUAUGAGGUGAUCUCGCAUUGCGGUUUUGAUUUGCAUUUCCCUAACAGUUGGUGAUACUGAGCAUUUUUGCAUAUACUAGGUUGUUUGUUCUUUGUUGUUGACUUGAGUCCCUUAUAUAAUUUGGAUACUGCUGUGGCCUGAAUGUUUGUGUCCCCCAGAAAUUCAUGUAGUGAAAUCUCAUCCCUAUGGUCAACAGUUUAGGGAAGCGAUUAGGUCAUGAGGACUCUGCCCUCGUGCAUAGAAUUAGUGCUCUUAUAAAAGAUGGCCGCGGGAGCUCUUUUGCCCCUCCUGCCAUGUGAGGACACAGCUAGAAGCUACCGUCUGUGAACCAGGAAGACCCCCUCCCCAGACAUUGAAUCUGCUGGAGCUACCAUCUUGGACUUCCCAGCCUCCAGAGCUGCGAGAAAUAAAUGUCUGUUGUUUAAGCUA